UUAUUUUUUAUUUUGAGACAGGAUCUUGCUAUGUAACUAAAGUUGACCAGGCUGAGCUCGAACUUGUGCUCUCAGAUUACAGGUUUGUGCCCUCAGGCCCUGCUGAACGCAACUGCAUUUCACAGGAGAGGAUUCAGACAGGGAAGAUGGGAACCCAGUCCGCAGAGAGCCUGGCAGACCUCGGCACAGUGAGCACGGUGCAGGCAGGGCCGCCCCGCACCGUGAUGGAGUCCGUGGAGCAGGACUUCCCGGAGAGGAAGAGCAGGUCUGCCUCUUCCAUUCCUGAAUCCUCACCGGAGCUGAUAUCCCAGGUGGAUCCCCAGGAUGACCUUCUCCUGAACCAGCUGGAGCCUCCUGAGCCCACUGAGGCAGAGCUCCACGCUCCGGCCCACACUGACGUCCCACCUGCUGAACUCGUGCCAGCUCCACCUGCAGCUCCCGUGGCAGCUCUGGCCCCACAGCAGGAGCCAGCACCUGGAAGCCCUGCUCCACCAGGAACACAGCUGCAACUUCUGGCUCCAUGGCAGGUGUCCUCUCUUCAGAUCUACCUGGACCCAGCUCUUCACCCCUAUCUGCAAUCUCUCUCUCCUACAGAUUUACUUAUCCUGUUAUUCAUUGCUGCCCUUAUUUCCCAGAGACAGGGCAAUGAUGGAAUUCCUUUAAAUAAACUUUUAAGGUUUUAG